AUUGAAAACGGGCUUUAAGAGUCACAAAUUCACCUCAUACGUGCACGUUUCCUCAAAGUGGACGCACUUCCGAGAGGCAGGAUUACCGAUUCAGGCUUCUCAGACCAAGUGUGUUAUUUAACAUUCAGGACAUCAGCCUCGUCGGCACCAUUAUCUUCCUCAAGGCAGUUAAAGUGGGGAUUUUGUGCUGCGCAGUGACAUCACUGUCACAGCUCAUGAUGGAGGAGGCUGGCACUGCGACGACUUUGGACAAAUCUGGCCCCUGAAGGAGGAGAGGUGUAAUGGAUAAGUCCUUCUAAUCUUCCUGUUUUCAGCAGCCUCUGGGAAAGAAGAAGAAGAAGUGUAAGCACACUUUGUCUUUCUUUAACAGUAGUUCCUAUGCAGCAGAUUAAUAUUCACCAAUGUAAGGUACAUUCCAAUUAACCGUCCCUUAAUGUUGGAGCUAUAGGCUGUAUACAUGAGCUGGAGUAGUCAUGGUGACGUCCUCCUUUCAGUGUUUCCCCUAUGGUUUACAACACUGCCUUUGGUUUGUGGACUGAAAUAACAAAGCUUGACGUUAUGGCACAUUUGGCAAAAACAUUAAUUCACUUAAUGAACAUCAUUCUUACAGACUUGAAACUAGAGAUUGAGACCAUAAAUGUUUACAGUGUUUACUGAGGGAAUAAAUCAAUCAUUUUCUCAUGAACUUCCUUAAAACAGAGGAGUCGCCCCCCGGUGGAUAUUAGAGAGAAUGCAGAACGGGAAGAGAACUCAAUGUGUACGUCACAUAUAACACAACCCAAUGGGCAGUUGUUGAUUGUUGGUUCAGACUGUUAAAACGUUGCACGAGUAAUGACAGAAGUCAAGAAGGAAGUAUUGUGUAACGUUUCCAUGACCUAUUAACCAAAUAAAGGACAGAUUCUGCAUUUGUGCACAUGUCGUUGCAGACCAGCUGACGGGAGGGGGGUGGUAGUAUUUGUUGUGGACAAGGGGAGAAGAGGGGGGGGGUGUAGUCGCGUGCUCUCUGUCUGCUGGUGCACAGUGAGUGGACAAUUGUAAACGAAAAACAAAAAAUGCUUGGUGGUGCUUGAGAAAUGUGUCAACAGGGACGAGCGUGCGUAAUUAGGAGAGAACCCGGUUAGUUUUCAAAAUAAAACAGAAAAAAAGUAAAAUACUCUUUCUAUGGUGCGGCCUGGCACCGAAGGGCCCACCGACCGGUACUGGUCCGCGGCCCGGUGGUUGGGGAACCCUGAUUGAGAUGAUAGGUUUUACCUCAAACUAUUUUCUUAACAGCUUCAUCCUGUUUUGGAAGACGUACUUAUGAGAACUAAAAGAACCAUAUGACUGCAGCUAUGUCAUGUAUAAGUCUAUUUUCAUACUCUAUUGUUUUCGUUACGUCUCCACUAACCAGCAUAAAUAUGCUUUAUUAACACAAAGAUAAUCUCAUACAGUAUCCCCACAUUAUUAGAUGCAUCUCAUGCACUAAGCUGCCACCAGCAUGACCCCUCAGUUAAUCCAUCCGCGCAGCUACAUCCUGUUCUGCAAUUUACAUUUUUUUUUAAUGUUCCAUUGCAGCAAUCCCACCAAAGGAAUAGCGGGAAAAAAAGCUCUUGGAAUUAAAUAUUGCAGCUUCUGUUUGGUAUUUAUGUUACGAUUUUGUGAAUCGUGCAAAUAAAAGCCACAGAGGAGCUGGCUCAGAGCGCUGCGAGCACAUGUGCAGCAGCGUCGUCCGGUAACGCGGCGCCGUGUUUCAUUACACCCCCGGCUGCUAGAGAUGGGCCGUCCCGAACUCGUCCCUGCACUCGCUGCCAGAUGUCGAGUUGAGGUGACAAUAACCGCCAUCCCCACACGGUAUUAAUGUGAGCUGGACCUUGCCCCCUUGACAUGGCUUGAUUCAUGUGGGGAUGAGACUCAGAUACUGAAUCGUUGAUGAGCUGGGGAGCAAAAGAAAAGGAGUGGAGGGGCGGUGUGGGGGCAGGAACACAGGGAGGGAGGGAGGGAGCGAGCGAGCGAGAGAGGGAGCCAGCGAGCGAGUGAGCAGGCGGGUAUCCACUCGCUUCGCUCCACGCAGUUCCAAUAAGCCCUGAGGUUUUGGAGUCCUUGAUGGAAAAUUACCUUGUGACCAAGAGGGAAGGUCAGGACCGGCAUCCUCCGACUCCACUUGUCCUCAGCAGCAUCAGCAGCAGCAGCAGCAGCAGAGCGAGGAUGGCCUGCGCGUUCGGCUGAUCGGAGGAGUGACCGAAAGUCGGGUCAUGGAGAAACUAAAAGGUCCCGCCGCCAGAUGCACCACGGCCACCUGUGGAUGGCGUGCCCUGCUUCUCCCGCAGCUGAACCGCCAGUCGCUGUACGUGUACGGCAGCGAGAUGGCCGUGGAGCAGGAGUGCAGGCGGCAGCUGCAGAGCGGAGUCUUUGUCAUCCAUCCGUUCAGCCUCAUGAGGAGUUACUACAUCAUGUGCAUGAUGGCCAUCACGUUCCUCAACCUCAUCGGGAUCCCAAUGGAGAUCGCCUUCCUGGACGGGAACAGCGGGCUGGCCUGGGAGGGGUUCAACGUGUUUUCGGACACUCUGUUCCUGAUCGACGUGGCCCUGAACUUCCGCAUGGGUAUCAUAACCGAGGACAGCGAGGAAGCUAUUCUGGACAUCAAGCGGAUCCGAGUCAGCUACCUGAGGACGUGGUUCAUACCCGACGUCAUCGCCGCCUUCCCCAUCGGUUACAUCCUGCUGUUUGCGGACUUGCAUUACAGCAACGACGACAACCCCUCCAAGACCAACAAGAUGAUGCGGAUCCUGAUGUUCGUGCGGAUCCUCAGUUUGAUCCGCUUGGCUCGGGUGUCCAGACUCGUCAGGUUCUUCAACGAGGUGGAGAAAGUGUCCAAUGCCAACCUGGAGGUGGUCCGCCUCUUCUUCCGCAUCCUGUCUCUCUUCAUGAUGAUCUUCCUGCUGUGCCACUGGAACGGCUGCAUCCAGUACUUUGUGCCCAUGCUGGAGGAGUUUCCCACCGACUGCUGGGUCCGAAAGGAGAACCUGAUGAAUGCAACGGUGAGCGUGAAGUACUCCUGGGGAGUUUUCCGAGCGCUGUCCCAGAUGAUCGCCCUCUCGUAUGGAUCCAUGGACGCGCCAACAAAUUACGUGGAAAUGUGGAUCGUCAUGGUCAGCAUGGUGUCCGGCUGUCUGAUGUACACGGUCCUCGUGGCCAACGCCACCACCAUGAUCGCUAACACCGACCCGGCCGCUAAGGAGUACAAGAGCAAGAUGAGCCGUCUGGAGCACUACAUGACCUUCAUGAAGCUCCCGCCGGAGCUGCAGCUUCGCAUCACCAACUACUACCAGGCGCGGUACGGGGGGAAGUGGUUCCAAGAGAAGGACGUCAUGGAGACGGUGUCCUCCGCGCUCAAAGAGCAAAUCCUGAUGGUGAUGUGCAGCCGGCUGCUGAGGAAAGUGCCGAUGUUUCAGACAAGAGACGAGAACUUCAUCAACGCCGUCCUCUUCAAGCUGGAGUACGAGGUUUUCCUGGAGGGGGACGCCAUCGUCCGACAGAACGUCCCGGGCGACCGCAUGUUCUUCAUCGACCACGGCCAGGUGCUGAUGGAGGCCGACUCCUACGAGAGGGAGCUGUGUGACGGAGACUUCUUCGGGGAGACGUGCGUGCUGACCAAAGGGAAACAUCUGGCCACGGUGAAGGCGCUGACCGACAGCCAGUGCUUCUCUCUGUCCUGGGACGACUUCCACGAGGUGCUGGAGGGCUUCCCGGAUGUCAAGAAGGACUUGGAGACGAUGGUGGAGCUGGACACUGAGGGGGGACUCGUGUAACACCGGUACUUCACACCUUUUUUUAAAUUUUUAUUUCACCUUACGCAGAAAAAAAGGAGACACCGAUGUGUCCUGGACGUUUUUUGUGAUCGUGUGAGGGACAGCGGGCGGUUCCUCGCGUGGACGCGAGGCGGACGCAAGGCGGACGGUCCUGACCUUUACUGAUGACUGUUCCGUCAGCUGUAAAUAAAAUAAACGAAGACCUCGACAGUAGAGAAGAGGUCCAACGUUUGAUCUCUGCCUCCUUGUGGAAACCAUAGAGACGAAAACCAGACGGAUUUGCAAGUCAUUCUGGUUUCUUACCAGUUUUAUUUUUGUAGCAUGUUUGCUUAACUUAUUUAAACCAAGGCAAGCUUUACAGUUCUAACAAACACAUUUUUGAAGAUGUUUUGGGGCAUUUUUUUGUCUUAUUUGCUAGUGAUAGUGGAGAGAAGGUUCAAGUGCAAUAACUCGCUGCUCAGGUUAUUUGUGGGACGCAUCCCUGUCACUCGGCUAAUGGGGCGCCCCAGUUUGUACCCACGACUAGUGAGCCGCUUCCUCCAAGCUGUACAGUUCAGAAAACAUUAUAGGUUUUAAAAAGACAAAUUUACAAAUGCACCUGCUGUUUCAGUACCUCGGACAGCGUCAUUUGGUCCACAGCCUCCAGGUCACACGUUAACGCUGCGUUCCUCCAGUGACCAGCAGGGGGCGACUCCUCCAGGGCGACAGAGGUCUUUGAGAAAAUGACUACUUGAUUUAUUCCCUCAGUAAACAUUGUAGAGUUUAUGGUCUCAGUCUCUAGAUUUAUAGUCUUCUUCAAUACAGCAUGAUAUUCAGUUAGUAUGAAAAAAAAUGUAUUUGAUGAGUUCCGCAGGCUAAAUUCCCUUUGAUUCCUUCCCCUCUAAUUAUAUUUAUAUAAAUUCAAUCGUAGUCCCUAAACUCCCUCGCCCCUCACUCACCCACUUCCCCCUUUUUGCUACUUGCAUGUUGGUUUGAUUUGGAAAACUAAGGAAAUUCUCCUCCUGAUUGAGGCCAAACAGCUCAAACCUCGAUCACAGUUCAUGGAGUCGUUUUUUACUCAUUGCUUUAAAAUCCUUCCACUCACUUCACCGUCUAUCAGUUUCUUCUCCGGCUGUUUGUACCUAAGUCUCCUGGUUCUGAUCUCAGUACACAAGUUCUCAUGGUGGGGGACUCCUUCAUUUAGUUUCCAUAAUCACGCUUAGUCUCUUAAAAACGCAAUGGAGACUGUUAUCUGACGCUGGACCAGUGGAAACUAGACCUGAGUCGAUUUGAUGUUUGCUUUGCUGAGUUGCACAAAGCACUUUGUUAGAUGGAAACAUUGAAAGUCGCGCUCUGCUUUUUGAGGCUGCACUCCCCAAACUCAUUAGGGUUCACCCUCUCUGUUGAGAUGUUCCAGGCUAGAUUAAGGAUGCUUAGGUAAAACCCAAUUAUAAUAGACUGGGAUUUUGCUCUAAGGGAAGGCUUAAAACCAUUUUAAAAACAUGUCCGUCAUCUUUCUUUUUCUCUAAAAUUACAUUUAUUUAGAAGUAGUAUUACACAAGACAGGCCUCCACUAUGAAAGCAAACAAAAAAAAUUAAGCCGAGGCUGUGACGUAACGAGGAAACAUCUGCGUGAGGACCGCCGGUUGCUUCCUCGUCUCACCCGAACACGCACACGGUGCCGGAGGCCAGCCGGUGUUUGUACUCGUAGAGGUAGUAGGAGGCCGGGGGGAAGUUGCACUUCAUCUCCAUCCUGCCCGGCACCACGUGGACCGCCACGCCGGACCCCAGCCCCUCCUGCAGCUUGCUCUUCAUGCGCGAGGCCAGGUAGCGCUGCGCCCUGCCCGGGUCCUCCUCGAUGGAGGCGUACACCUCCGGGGGCGGGUUGGGGAUCUUCCACUCCAGGUCCACGAUGAGCUGGUGGAUGCGGCUCUUGUCCAGCGACGUGGGCGUGUCGCGGUAGCACGCCAUCACGUGGGGGACGGGCGCCUCGGACGCCACCGAGAUUAAAUUGUUGGACUGCUGUGGCCGCGGAGACGCGACUUCCUCCCCCUCCUCCUCCUCCUCGACCCCCCCCGCCUUCUCGUCCUCCGUGGGUCCCACGGCCGGGUGGAGCAUCACCGCCCAGCGCAGCCAGUCGUAGUUCUUCUCCAGGGUCUUCAGGAUGCUCGCCGCCGCCUCUUCGGGCGGGGAGCGGUUCUGCACGGCCUCUUGGAGCUGCUCCCGCACAUCCCCCUCCGCCU